AAAAGCUUCCCCCUUGGAAGCGUUUUAUCUGCUAACCUUGGGGAGAUGUUGGCUCCUUCUUGUGGUUAGCACUUCGAGAAGUGUUUCUAUAGCGGCUCGUCUUAGAUAGCAGAGAUUGUCAGGCGCUGCAUGUGUGCCAUAAGAGACCUUACGCUGCAGCUAGCUUCCUAGCUCAGGAGCUCGCUAAGAGAGCGCGCUAACGUCAGCUAACUAAGGAUACGUAACGUUUAACAUUGGAGGGAGACAGGAGCUUUUGGGGGGUAUUUGUUAUCGCUGUGCCUACAGGACACGUUACAGAGUAUCCAAACAAGCAAGCCCGUAGAGACGCUGAAGUGAAAUCAAAGGCUACAGACGAAGAUGAACACGUCCUUCCCAUGGUUUCCCAUGAAUCUCACCUGGAGUGGGAGGGUGUUGUGAGAAGGCAGAGAGGAGAAAGGAACAAAAGGGGACUAUAAAUAAGAGUCAUGAAUCUCCAUCAGGUCCUCACAGGAGCUGUCAACCCCGGAGACAAUUGUUUCUCUGUAGGGAGCUUCAACAACGUGCCAUUCACGGCCUAUGCGUCGGGUUGUGACGUGGUUAUUUUGGGCAGUGACUUUGAGCGGCUGCAGAUCAUCCCAGGGGCCAAACAUGGCAACAUCCAGGUCUGCUGUGUCGACUGCUCGCUGCAGGGUGGACAGAUUGCAGCUUCCUAUGGAAGCAUUGUGUGCGUCUUUGAGCCUGUUCAGCAUCCAGAUCAAAAAGACACUUCACUGACUAAGUUGAACUGCCAAUGGCAGAAAACCGGUCAAUUUGUAUUAAAGUCUAUGGUACGGAACCUGGCCUGGCACCCCACAGGCAGCACACUCUUAACAGGCUCUAGUAGCCUCCAGUUAUGGUCUAAUGUUGAUGGAGUGAAAGAUGAAGCUGAGGAAGUGGGAACGCAGACAGAAAUGACCAUGAGAGACACUCAUUCUGCCUGGAGGUGCAUCUGGGAGAGCAAGAUGGCCUCUCAAGUCAGUUUAAUGAAGUUCUCUACUGAUGGGGAAUUCUUUGCUACUGCUGGUCAGGAUGACUGCCUGGUAAAGGUCUGGUACAACACCAGUAAGUGGAAGUUGGGUGUUUCCAGACUCUUCACACCUCCGGAACCAAGUGACUGUUUCCAGGGAGAGCUGGCCUUCUCCUUUGUCUACCUGGCCCAUCCCCGCUCUGUUACUGGCUUCUCGUGGAGGAAGACCAGCAAGUACAUGCCAAGAGGCGCAGUGUGUAAUGUUCUGCUCACCUGCUGCAAGGACAGCGUGUGUCGGCUCUGGGCAGAGACACUCUUGCCGGGGGACGGCCUCCUGUCUGGUUACCAUAACAACCACGCUUCUGGCCGACACAAUGACACCCCCGGAUGUACGGGCCCUUCUAGCAACACCUGCAAUGGGAAGUCGCAAGGAAGAGCAGCACAAGAAUUGAAUUUUCAAGAAUCAUUGCACGGCUCCUUUCACCGGGACGUCCCGCAGCCCUCUCAGACUGGCUGCCUGCCUCACCAUCAGAGCAGGCACUACAGGCACAAGACGAGCAGCAGCAGCAUGCCUCAUGCCAACGCUCUCUGCCACUUCCACAUCGCUGCAAGCAUCAACCCUGCCACAGACAUACCUCUGCUGCCCUCCAUCUCCUCUCUGAGUUCCGUGGAUGACGAGGAACCUGGAGGUCCGUUUACUGUCCACUGGCUCAACAACAAAGAGCUUCAUUUCACUCUAGCUAUGGAGGUCUUCCUGCAGCAGCUCCGAGGCAGCCUGGAGCAACAGGAUGAAGGCUCCCAUGAAGAGCCUGAAGAUGAGAAUAACUUUGAUGAGGAAGAUAAUAGCAGCAGGCCAAGUGACUCCCAGGGACCCGAGGCUGCAGAGCUUCCUCUGGCAGCAGUGAAGCACCAGGUGGACGUGCUGUUAGAAGAGUGGAAUAAAGGGGCAGACAUGUUGUUCAGUAUCCAUCCCAUGGACGGCUCUCUUUUAGUCUGGCAUGUGGACUGGUUAGAUGAAUACCAGCCGGGCAUGUUCAGACAAGCACAGGUGUCGUUUGUGUCCCGUAUUCCUGUGGCGUUCCCCACAGGGGAUGCAAUCUCCUUGAGCCACAGUGUGGUUAUGUAUGCCUGCAACAAGAACGUGGAUCUGGCCAUCCAACACGGCAGACAGCGGCCACCUGGGAGCACACUGCCUCAAACCAAAUCUGCUCUAAUAAGCUACGGAGGUCAGGGAAAAGCUGCCCCCAGCAGUAGUCUAAGACUUAGCAUUUUCACCCCCAACGUCCUGAUGAUUUCCAAACACGCUGAUGGCUCUCUGAACCAGUGGGCAGUGGGCUUCGCAGAGGACUCUGCUUUCUCCACUGUGCUCAGCGUCUCUCACAAGUCAAGGUACUGUGGUCACCGCUUCCACCUCAAUGACCUGGCCUGUCACUCAUUACUGCCUCUGCUCCUCACCACCUCGCACCACAACGCCUUGAGGACGCCGGAGGCAGACAGCAUCCUGGCCCCUCCGGACGCCUACUCCUCUGGUUUCCCUCAUCCAGCAUCUCUGCCCCGAGGGGCACGACCCAGCCGGGGGUCCCUGGGUGGAGUGUUCCAGGAUCCCAAUGCGAUCUACAGUGAACUGAUUUUAUGGAGAGUGGACCCUGUCGGCCCGCUGUCUUUGUCUGGCGGGGUCUCUGAGCUAGCUCGGAUCAAUUCCCUACAUGCUUCAGCGUUUGCUCAAGUAGCCUGGCUGCCCACAUUCAUUCCAAGCAGCUGUUUAGGUGUGUACUGUAACUCUCCCAGCGCCUGCUUCGUUGCAAGUGACGGCCACUCACUCAGGCUGUAUCAGGCUGUUAUUGAAGCUAAGAAACUCCUGAGUGAGCUCUCCAAUCCAGAGAUAUCAAAAUAUGUCGGGGAGGUGUUCAACAUCAUCAGUCAGCAAUCCACAGCAAAACCAGGGUGUAUUAUAGAGCUGGAUACCAUUACUGACUUUCAGGGAAAGGAGACCCAGCUCCUGCAUGUUUUUGAGGAGGAUCUGAUCCUCGGCAGUGAGAGAACAGCGAGCACACAGGAAACUCCUGAUCCUCCUCACACUGCCUCGAGCAAGGCGGCGUUCUCGGCACGUUUUUUCCUUGUUGUGGUCGAAUUGACCCCGACAGGUCGCUCACUCCUCCACAUGUGGCAUCUCCAUCUUGCUGCUCAACCCAUCACCAUGGAAGAGACCACGAAAGAGACGGAUGCGACCUCAGCUUCUCCUAUGAACAGCUCUACGUUUAGCUUUGACACUUUCAGUUCUCCAAUAGCUCAGAAGAGUAAACCCUGCACUUCCAAUCUGCAAAGUGCCUGUCGCCUCAGUCUCACAACACACAGGCUAUACAGCCAGGAGAUGGCUCUGCCUGAAGGGGUGGAAGCCAUCAGUGUUACUCCCUCAGCAGGUCACCUGAGUGCGUCAUGUUCUCUGCCAGCAGAUCGUGUGCCCUACCUCCUUGCUACUUCCUGUUCUGAUGGAAAGGUGCGCUUCUGGAGGUGCAAUGUCACUGCGACAGAGCCGGCCAGUAUGGACAGCUUGGUGUACCAGUGGGAGGAGUGGGCUCUGCUGGUGGAGGAGAGGCUUCCCAGCAGCAGCGCAGUAAGUGUGCAAGGUCGCCCCAUAGAGGUCAGCUGCUGUCACUCUGGACGGAUCGCAGUUGCCUACAAGCAGAUACCAAACACACCUCUGAACUCAACUCCUUAUCUGAACUCUCACCAACUGUUGACUUCUCCUCCCAAACUGGCUUCCUCCCCUUAUAUGAACAACAACACCAACACUCACCUGACCCCAACCCUGACUGUACAGCGCAGCCCAAAUCUCACCCCAAGCCAAAACGCAGCAAAUACUAGAGAACCAUUGGUCCACAUUGGAAUCUUCCAGUGCGAGUCCACUGGUGGUUCGCAGUGGAAUCUAGAGCAGACCAUAGUCCUGGACAACACAUAUCCCACACCUGGAAGUGCCAGUAACCCAGGUAACAUGGACCUCCCUGUACCUAACGACGACUGUCCUGGUUCUACUUGUAAGAGCCUUGUUCAUUUGGACUGGGUCUCCCAAGAAGAUGGGUCACACGUUCUGACCGUUGGUAUUGGGACAAAGAUUUACAUGUACGGCCGUCUCUCUGGGAAGCCUCCAGAACUCGGUGUGACAUCUGAUGCCAGUAGAGACCAGAGCUCGUCGCGCCUGGUUCUGCUUCGAUCAGUCGAUCUGGUCUCCUCUGUUGAAGGCUCGUUACCCAUUCCAGUCUCCCUCUCCUGGGUCAGGGAUGGCAUCUUGGUAGUAGGCAUGGACUGUGAGAUGCACGUCUACUCCCAGUGGCAGCCACCGGCACCAUCCAAACCCAAUGCCCCGCUUGCCCAAGACACAGACAUCAGCAGCAGCGUCUCCUCUAUCAUCUCAGCCAUCAGGCAGAGCCAGGAGGAAGGUCCCAGCUCCGGGGCCCCCAUGUCUUCACUUGCUCCUCCCAAAAAGGCCCUGACGAGAUCAAUGAUGAGCCUGGCUCAGAAACUCAGUGGGAAGAGGACAGCUUAUGACCUGCCUGUCGAGAUGGAAGAUUCUGGGCUCUUCGAAGCAGCUCACCAACUCUUUCCCACUCUGCCUCAGUACCAUCCUGUACAGUUACUGGAGCUCAUGGAUCUAGGGAAGGUUCACCGUGCCAAAGCCAUCCUGUCCCACCUGGUGAAAUGCAUUGCUGGAGAAAUUGUGGCCCUUAAAGACAGUACCACCAAUCCUGAGAAACGUGUGCGCUCUCGAACCAUCAGCGCCGGAGGCAGCACAGCCAGGGAUCGGAAGAUGUUCAGCAAAGCAGAGAACUCCAGCCCUGACUACACAGAGAUAAGCUCCAUCCCUCCUCUGCCUCUGUACGCCCUGCUGGCAGCCGAUGAGGAUACAUUACCAAAACCUGAUAAAGUGGGCAGUGUGAGUGGAGAUAGUGGGCACGGUUCUAGUCACACUGAUGUUUAUGAUGAGCUCUUUCAUACACCCACCAUUGUGGACCUGGACCCUCUGGAAGAUGAUCAAGAGGAAACGGGGAACAAGGUUAUUGACCUGUCCCAGUACAGUCCAACAUACUUUGGUCCAGAGCAUGCGCAGGUUCUGUCCAGUCACCUCCUUCAUUCCAGUUUGCCGGGCUUAACCCGUAUGGAGCAGAUGUCUCUCAUGGCGCUGGCUGACACCAUCGCUACCACAAGCACUGACCUCAAGGACAGCCAGGGCAAAAGCAAAGGUGGAGAGACGCUGGACGAGUGUGGUCUGAAGUUCCUGCUGGCCGUCAGACUCCACACCUUCCUCUCUACCUCCCUGCCUCCAGCACACCGAGCACAGCUGCUGCGGCAAGGCCUGUCAACAUGUCAUUACGCCUGGGCCUUCCACUCUGAGGCUGAAGAGGAGCUGCUCAACAUGCUGCCCGCCCUGCAGAAGGGAGCGCCCACCUGGCCUGAGCUACGCUCCAUGGGCGUGGGCUGGUGGCUGCGCAGCACCAACAAGCUACGCAGGUGUAUUGAAAAGGUUGCCAAGACGUCUUUACAAAGAAACAAUGAUCCUCUGGAUGCAGCUAUAUUUUACCUCGCCAUGAAGAAAAAGGCAGUGGUCUGGGGAUUGUACAGGUCUCAGAAGAAUGCCAAAAUGACAGAGUUUUUCCGCAACAACUUCAGCGAGGACCGGUGGAGGAAAGCGGCGCUGAAAAAUGCCUUUUCUCUGUUGGGAAAGCAGCGGUUCCAGCACUCUGCAGCCUUCUUCCUUCUAGCUGGCUCCCUUAAGGAUGCUGUGGAGGUGUGUUUAGAGAAAAUGCAGGACCUACAGCUUGCCCUGGUGAUCUCCAGAUUGUACGAGUCUGAGUUUGAGUCAGCAUCCACCUACAAAAAGAUCCUUCAGAGACAUGUUCUGGGACAAGACAAACAGAUUCCAGCCCAUCCAGACCCAUUCCUGCGCAGCAUUGCUCACUGGGUCCUUGAGGACUACAGCAGAGCCUUGGACACUCUACUUGAGCAGCCGGUGAACAGCACCAGCUCUGGGUCCACUGGGAGCAAAUGUGAUGCAGGUUCCUCAUCGGUGUCUACAUGUAACCCCGAGGUUUUCAACUUUUACACCUACCUUCGAACCCACCCUCUCCUCCUUCGUCGCCAUUUUGGCUCCUCAGACAAGGCUAAAGUUGGACUGACUGCUGAGGGUCGCAGGGCUGACUCCAUAAGCCUGGAGGAGAGGAGACUGUUUUUCACAGCUGCGUACGCACACCUGUCAGCUGGCUGCCCCAUGCUAGCACUAGAAGUCCUCUCCAAGAUGCCCAAAGUCCGCAAGCAUUCUGAGCUGCCCAACCAGGCGGAUACAGGCAUCGCUGCUGAACUUAGUGUUGGGAGCAAGAACGGACAAACAUCGGACCCGGGAUGGUCCCAGCCGGCUCUGAACGGCUACGAGUCAGACGGACACAGCUUAUCCAACAGCCAAUCAGAUUCAGUGUUAAGCUUUGACUGGAGCCAGCAGUCACUGUCACAUACAGAUGAGCACCUGGAGCUGAAGUGGGACAGCGACAAAGAUGGAGAAGAUGAGGAUGAUGAGGAACAAACUAAAAAUGUAGACAGCAGCAGUGUGUUCCAGGACACACAGGACGCCUUGUCGCCGCUAAUGGAGACAGGGACAGGUGAGGACAGGGAGGACUGCAAUGACUUCCUGGCUCCGUCGAAUGACAUCUUAGCGGCCCAGCUGAAGUUUACUGCCUGCCUGAAGAUUAUGACCAAUGAGCUCCGAACGCUGUCGACCGGUUAUGAACUGGAAGGAGGGAAGCUACGUUUCCAGCUCUACCAGUGGUUGGAGAGAGAGGUGGUGGCUCUCCAGCGUUGCUGCAGCUACAAGCCGUGCUUGCCAGAGCUGUCUGUCCAGGGUGAUGCCCCCGUUUCUGGGUUGGUGGAGGAGGAACAGCCUGGGAGUCCUCAUGGUGACAGCCAGAGGAGCAGAAGACACUGGCUGCAGAGUAACCAGCCCUUACUGAGGAUGUUUCUGAGCUACUGCAGCCUGCAUGGCUCCCACGGUGGAGGACUGGCCUCUGUGCGCAUGGAGCUCAUAUUAUUGCUUCAAGAGUCUCACCAGUAUGACUCCACUCAGCCAGCGGUGAUUCCAUGUUGUCAACCAACAUCUAUUCCUCUCCUGAUGGCGUGCACGGCCAACGUAAAGACAGUGGUGGCAAAUCCCAUCGUCUACCUCACCAAUCUGGCUCAUGACAUCUUGAAGACCAUCAAUUCACUGGACUCUCCUCCACAUCCGGAUGUGGUCAACAAUGAGAUCUAUGUGAUGCACACAUUGGCUGCCUCCCUGUCAGCUUGUAUAUAUCAGUGUCUGUGUGACGGACACACCCACAGCCAUGUGAACCAUUUCACAGGAAUCGUGUAUCAGAGUGUUUUGCUGUCCCAGAAGCAGCCAGUCAGAACGCUCAGUAUGGACGAGUCUGUUCAGCCCAACACUUCCCCUGCACAGUGGCCAGGUAUCGCCACUCUGAUUCGCCUGUUGAGCUCAGCAGGCGAGGAUAGCCAGCCAGGCUUAACCGUUCUGCUCUGUGAGAUCCUGACUGCUGUCUUCCUCAGUCUGUUUGUUCACGGCAUGGCCACUCACUCCAGCAACGAGCUGUUUCGCAUCGUGGCCCACCCACUGAACAGCAAGCUCUGGGUGACUGUGUUCGGAGGAGGCGCACGGACCCCUGUCAUCGAGAAACCCAACAGCCCAACAAGAACACCCCCACCAGCCUCACCAAGCGGCUCAGACAGGAAGUCCAGACGAUUCAGGCUCCGGUCGUCCCGCAGUGGAUCCAGGGACGAGUCUGGGAUCGAGCGGGAGAGCCCAUGCAGUCCCAAGCAUGGCCCUGUAGUGGAACAAGAAGCUACCUCCAUCUUUAAAGAACGAUUUGUCCCUCCAGAGCUCAGCAUUUGGGAUUACUUUAUCGCCAAGCCGUCGCUGCCACCAUCAGAAGACAGGAUAGAAUAUGACUCAGAGGAGAGCCAGGACAGUCAAGAUGAAGAGGAAGAUGAUAAUGAAUAUGAAGAUGUGUUUGACCCCAGCUCUCCACAGAGAGAGCACUCAAACCACAAUUCAUACAGUUGGUGUUUGAUGCGACUGGCAAUGGUUCAGCUGGUGUUGGUCAACCUCAAGUCCUUUUACCCAAUGGCAGGAUAUGAUCUACUAGAUCUGCCCGUGGGCUCUCCUCUUUGUCACGCUGUGCUGAAGACGCUGCAGCGAUGGGAGCAGGUGCUACAGAAAAGGCUGGAGAUCUUCGGGGGCCCCCCAUCCACGUACAUCUCCGCCCCCCUCCAGGAUGAAACCGCCGCACCGGGCCCCGCCCUGCUCAGGCACAAGGCCCUGUUUGAACCAUCCAACACCCCGUUCAGAACUAGCCACCAUUCUGCACUGCCAGUGAAGCGUCUGUGGCAGUUUCUGGUCAAGCAGGAAGAAGUGCAGGAGACUUUCAUUAGAAACAUUUUUACCAAGAAACGGGACCCGAAUGAGUCGGGUGAGGACGGGACUGACAAUAUGAAAUGUUCAGGGAUGGAGGAGACAGGAAACAAUCAGACUGAGUCAGGUCUGGCCUCCCCCGGAGGAAAGGCACGCAUCAUUCACAAGGAAUCUGACAUCAUCACGGCCUUUGCCAUCAACAAGGCAAACCGUAAUUGUUUAGUCAUGGCAUCCACCCAUGACAUUCAGGAGUUGGAUGUGUCAUCCAUCUUGGCCACACAGAUCAUGACAUGGAUCGAUGACGAUGACGCAGAUGUCAAAAGUGUUGGUGGUGAUGACUUCCUGGUGGUCCAUGCACGUGACGACUUUGCUGCCCUCCACGGCACCACACCGUACACUCACAGUAGCCCCGGUACACCCAUCAACAUGCCGUGGCUGGGAGGAGUGCAGACAGGCCGGGGUGCUGCUGUGAUGAUCAAAAGAAACAUCAACAAUGUGAGAAGGAUGACCUCCCAUCCCACACUGCCCUACUACCUGACAGGAGCUCAGGAUGGAAGUGUCAGGAUGUUCGAGUGGGGUCACUCCCAGCAGAUCAUCUGCUUCAGAAGUCCAGGCAACUCCAGAGUCACCAGGAUACGAUUCAACCACCAGGGAAACAAGUUUGGUAUUGUCGAUGCUGAUGGAGGUUUGAGUCUCUGGCAGACCAACACAAGUGGGAAUGCCCCUAAACCAUACCUGACGUUGCAGUGCCACAACAAGACAGCUCACGACUUUGUCUUUGUGGGCUCCUCCUCCCUCAUUGCCACUGCAGGUCUUUCAACAGACAACAGGAACGUGUGUCUGUGGGACACCCUGGUAACUCCUGCGAACAGCCUGGUACAUGCUUUCUGCUGCCACGAGUCCGGAGCUACCGUGCUCUCGAUGGCCUCCAGGCAGCAGCUGCUUAUCACAGGUGGGAGGAAAGGCUGGAUCAGCGUACUGGAGCUUGCCCACAGGCACCAGCGUCAGAGCUUCCAGGCCCACGACUCGCCUGUCAAAGCUCUGGCUGUCGCUCCGACUGAGGACUGCUUCAUCAGUGGAUCAGCUGAGGGCAACAUUAAGAUCUGGAGCCUGGCCACACAGUGUCCGCUCUACACCUUCCCCAACGAACACGCUCGCCAGUCGUUGUUCAGGAACCUCGGCACGGGCGUCAUGCAGAUCGAGGUGGGGCCGACCAAUCACAUCUUCUCCUGCGGCGCCGACGGAACCAUGAAGAUGAGGGUCCUCCCCAACCGCUUCAGUGUCAUCAAUAACAACAACAACAACCACGGGAACCUCAAGAACGACGUCAAGUUCAUCAUAUAGAAGAAUAAGGUGGUUAAAGCAAUUUAUUAGAAAAAACAUUUGAAGUUGACAGCACUCUCGCUGUGGAAAUACCUUAAUGUGGCGGCCAUGCCGUGACGGAACAAUGACGUCUAGUGUUAUGAACAGUGUGAAUGAAGAAUGGCUUUCAUGCCAACACAAGAUGGCACAUGCAUAGGAUUUACAGAGUGAGAUCCGGUGAGUCGUCUGGCCCCGGGGGCCCAAGAGUGAAAUGAUCGCAUCCGCUGCUCUUUGUAUAGGACAUGAACACAAGCCGACCAAACGCAGGAGCCUCUACAAGUGUUCUAAACUGUAGUGGAAGUUAAAGUGGGCAAAGGAUAACGACCAAGGGUACAGUCGCUCAGAAUAAACUGAACGAGAGACAAAAAAAAAAUGCAGCCGCAGAUUCUCUGAAACAAACUGCCAUCUCAGUGAGGACUGAACAGCACAUGCAGAACCUUUCUUUUUUGCACAGGAAGUGAAGUUGUAGAAGGAGCAAUGGCAAGAGAAUGUGAAGCUAAAAGCUGCAGCGUUAUUCUUCUUAGACAGUAUCACCAUAUCUAUUAGUUUAUAUUAGUAAAUCAGUUAUGAUGGUGUAAGCUGGAAUCACUUCUGGAGCGUUAAGGUGAUCAAAUACAGUAGACUGUGUAUGCAGUGUAUCAUACUGAGACGCUUAGUGAUUCCUUUAAGGGUUUCAAACUGUCGAACCCACUCAGCACAAUGCAGUAAGGCCAGUGGACGUCGUACAAAGCACAUUAUAUCCAGCCACAGUGAGUCCAGACGCAUUAUUGUGCUCCAAAUACCUUUUUUAACACAAAUUAGACAGCUUGGUUAGAAAAGCAGAGAACGAUCAAACCACACUUUUAGGAAUUACAGGAUAUCAAUUUCACAUCACUAUUAUCAUUUCACAUUUUAAAUGUAGGCAUUUGGCUGACAUCCGUCUCCAGCCUGACUCGAAACGAACACGGAAAACAGAUUUUUAUAAAGGUAGAAAGAAUAAACGGCUAUCUCUCAAGACUAAAACUAUGCAAAUACACUUUCUGGUGGAGCGAUGUCACUAGAUGAGAAAAACAACAACCCUCUUUGUACGAGAGAUAAAUCAAAUUUCUCAUUCAGCGUCAACUCUCCGCCAGAAAGGGAAUAAGCAUAUUUCCCAAAACGUAGAGUAAUGUGAAAGUUUUCCCAACAGUUUCUUAAUUUUAACGACUACCUGAUUAUGACAUAUCUCUCACUUCAUUUGCACAUAAUUCACAUGAAGCUAAAUUAUACGAGGUGGAAUGUAUAUAACUAUACGAGGCUGGAUGUCAGUAAAGCAGUCCAAGCCUUUGGUAUUAAGGUUAAUAUACAUGUGUAGUAAGACUUUUGUUUAUCCCGGCCUAGAUGAAACCAGUGGUAUUAAUAUUAUUAUAAGUGUCCUUAAUCUCUGAAAACUACUUCUACCAUAGUGGCACAGUACUAUAGUACAGGUGGUCCUGAUGAUAUUGAUUAUUAUUGAAGUUAAAUGACAGCUACUUUGUGCAACCCAAUAAGGCCCUCAUUGGUAUUGGACACCACAAAUAAUACCUUUUUUUUUUUUUUUUUU